UCAUCAAGAUCCCAGUGGCGGAGAGCGGGAUCCCGCAGACGAUGCCUACAGAGCCCGAAGCCCGCAUCCGCAAGGAGGAUAUCGAAAUACAGCGUUGCACCGAGGAGGAUGCGCCGAAGAUCGUGCGUUUCCUUUUCAGUUGACCCCUCAUUCACACUUGCAUUUCUACAUACUUUGCCCAUCGUUGUUUGAUAAAGAAGAACUAUAUACACACUUCAUAGCUCACAAAUUCGAAACAGGUCGAAGGCCUCUACACCGCCUUCCCCGAAGCAUGGUGGUCAAAGAUGGAGCCGCCAGAAAUGCGACCCACCCAGGCGAUCCGCGAAGAGCGCCUGACCAAGCGCAUCCUGCCCUCUUUCAAGCUCCCACAUGUGCACUGGAUCAAGGCUGUGCAUCUCCCCACGGGGACAAUCGCCGGAGUCGCCGGGUGGCAAGGUCCGGUCUCAUGGCUGCCGAACGUGCUUAACCACGCGUCGGCAGCCGAUUUCUACGGCUGGAAGGGCGGCGUGUGGACGCAGGAGGAAUUUGAUGAGAUGUGGGCGGGGACGGAUAUCGGGGCGUGGGACGGGAGUAUGAAGAAGGGGGAUGAUGUGCGGAGGGAGAUUUUGGCGGGGGAGAAACAUUGGUAUCUGGCGCCGCUGUUUACGUGGCCGGAGUGGCAGGGGAAAGGGGUCGGGAAGAGAUUGUUGGAUUGGGCGAUCGAGCAGGCGGAUGCGACCGAGCCUGUUACGCCCAUGUAUCUGGAGAGUGCGCCGUAUGCUAGAGCGGUGUACAUGCAUGUUGGUUUCAAGCCUGUGGGCGAUUCCAAUUUUCUGCGUAGGGGGCCGGCGAUUGUGAAGGGGUUGGAGGCGGAUGAAGAGGUAGAGACGAAGACGGCGGACGAGAAGGUUGCUGUUGUUGUGGAUCAGGUUGAAACUUCCAACGAGGUGGUUUGAUAUUUUGUAAUGAAGAAUAAUCGUCAUUUUGUCCAUAAGCCUUUUGCGACGAUAUCGUUAGAAUUUGAUCUCAAAAUAUCCAUCA